UCUUCGUAGUGUUUUAGUUUGGGUGUGUAUGUAUGUGUGUAUAUGGGUAAAUUAGCCGGCCUUUUGUUUUAACACAGCCCAAAAUGAAAAAGAAGUUGCAUGACUGAGAAAGGGAGGGGGAGAUCUAUUCUGGGUUGCAUGCGCACUUCAGUGAGUUGGGAGUCAAUUAUGCAGAUUAAAAACAGCAUCCUCCCUUAGGCGGGGAGCUUUUCCUGGAUUCUUUUCUGUAAAAUAACUGGAAAAAAUGGAAUAAAUCGAGAACUGCAUCUUCGAACUUUAGUGCAUUAAAAUGGAGGAAAAGCAGAACAGUAAAGGCUUUUUUUAAGUAAAGAAACUUGAGUCUGUGUAUCCCCCUCCUAAGUUUAUCAUCGCUAGAAAUAGAUAAGAUGCAUUUCUCAGUCUUUUUUUCCCAGCGAUUAGCUAUAGGUAGAGUUGGGUUUUGCUGCAGUAACAGAGAGUAGGUAAUCAAGAAACUGAUAAUUACUCCUGAUGUAAUUAGACUGGAAUAGGAAUUUAUGUAUACAAUUGUAGAGUGAAGAACAUUAGGCAGAUCUGCUGCAUCUGCACUCCAUAUUAAUCCAAAAUAGCAAACAUUCUGGGAUCUCAUUACUGGAAAAUAUUUAUACAUUAUUAGUAAUUGCUUGAAAGGGUGGGGAAAUUGAGGUCUUCAUAUAAGUAGUAAGACUACACUGAAUUAAGACAUAAUGAAUUGUUAAAUAAUGUUGAUCAUGCCUUCUUUAUUUUCUAGGCAAGCCCUUGACCUUUUAAUUUCAAACUCUGGGCUAAAAAUAAUCUCCACCAUUUAACUAUUUCUUGGAUAGUUUCACAAUCCAUUGACUUGGAUGCAUUGAUUUAGAAACAUUUGUUAAACUCAACAGAGAAACAGAAGUAGUCUAGGCAAAGCUAUAUUUCAAUGUUGCCGGUGUAUAUUUCUGUCUAUAGUAAGAAUAGAAAGAAGAGGUUAAACUUGUUUGUAUGCAGUAGUUGAAUUUUGAUGAUAUGCAAUGUAUAAUUAUCGAUGAAAACUAUGGAAUAAGCAUAUUUUAAUGGUACGCUGCAAAUCAUUAGAACAUUAAAGCAUUUCUUAGAAACAGGGUGCCACUUGUUUGUUUUUAAGACAUGGAUUUAGAAAAAAAUAGAGCAUAUCAAAUAAUUUGGGAAUUUUUUUAAAUAAAUAUAGAGCUUUAAAUAUUUUCAUAAAAUAGAUUUAAGCUUCAGAUUAAGUAUAUGACCAUUUUCUCAUGUAUAAAUGCAUUUUUAUACAUACUUUGUUAACAUUUACAUAUAACAAGUAGAUUUUCAAUAUGACUUGGCUUUAAAGCCCUCUUGUAUUUUUUAUAUAAAGUAGAGCCCAAUUUAAAGAAUUACUUAGUAAUCAAAUUCAAUGCACUCACUAAAAUAAAUGUCAGCAUAUUAAUGGACUUUAGUAUAUAUCUGUUCUUUUUGCAAAUGCCAAACUAUGCAGUGAAAUCACAAGCAUGAUGAUGGGUAACCUAAUAAAUUAAGCUACAGAAUUUAGCUCAUUGGGAUCUUGUUGUUUAUGCUGGUUCGCUGUACUGCAUAUCUUGUGUUAUUGCGUAGGCUUUUUCGCCAUCUUGUUUAUACUUCCAGUGAGUUCACAGUUUGGGUUAUAAAAGGUCCAGGCAAAAAACAAAAAGAAGUUUAACUCAGAAGUAAAUUAAAUUAUAAGCAAGUAUUUUCCGUCAGACAGUUUGUCAAUAUUGAUAUAAAUAGGGACACUUUGAUUACAUGGUGGUUUUCUAUAGGCUUCCCUGCAUUUGCAAAAGCUAUUGUAUCCAGAUGUUGUUCUUUGUCCGUUGUAUGUAAAUAGUAAUUCUUGUAUUUUGCAGACUAGUUGCACCCUUUUUAAAGGAGGAUAUGUAGGGGAGAUUUGUAAAUUGCCUUGGUGGUUUUUAGCAUGUUAGUAGUAUAAAAAUUAAAAAUGUGAGUGAUACAAGCAUGGUGACAAAAAUAUAGACCUUUACAAAGACGGCUUAAAAUGGCUUGCUACAAAAAGGCUAGUGAACAUGUAUCGUAACUGUGUUUUCAGAUGGAGAACGGUUGUAUUUGGAAAGUUAUAGAACAGUGAUUCUCAACCUUUCUAAUGCCGUGAUCCCAUAAUACAGUUCCCCAUGUUGUGGUGACCCCCAAGUGGGUGUGGCCACCAAUAAGAGGGAGUAGGACAGCUAGAGAAAAGGGAAAAAAAUGGCGGACAGCAUGGUUUGUGACCCCCGUGAAAUGGUCAUUUGACCCCAAAUGGGGUCCCGACCCAAAGGUUGAGAACCACUGUUAUAGAAUAACAUUAAGAGCACCAAAAUAAAUUUACAGUGAUGGUACCUUUUUCUAACGUAAAUAUUGUCUUAAAAUUAAUCCAAUUUUGAAAUGACAUUAAUGCUCACCAUUACAUUUUCUCAUUAGUAUGAUAUAUUGCAUUUUGCUAAGUUCCUUUUGUUGCUAUUUUCUUUUUAGCACAGUCAAAUCAGUACAUGCAUUUAUUGUCCUAAAAUAGCACUGAGUUAAUCCCAAAUCAGACCCAGGACAUUCAACAGUGUAUAUCUGCUGCAGACUCACACCAAAAGCAGGGCUAGAAAAGUUAUUGACAUUGUUUCUUUUCCCAGUUCUGAUCUGGUUUUCACUGGAGUGUAUACAUGCCUAUAGCUCCAUCAAGGACACCCUUGAUGUCGGGUUGUUAAGUUGCCAGCCACAAGUGGCAUGAUGUUCAGAAGUGCUAGGGAGCAUUGCCAUUCUUCCAUGGUUAGAUAAAGCCCAGGCAAUAGAGAAGAUGAAGUUGCGCCUGAUCCAAUCCACUAUACUUGGCUGAAGGAUAAGCACUCUUCUGUCUCUUCAGUUGGCUCCACCAAGUUAUUCUUCCUCAAAAGCCCCCUAGCUUCCCACUCCUCAGAAGUGAAGAGGACAAAACGAGAACAACACCUGGAAAACAGCAUUCGGGAACUCUACAACUUUAUCAAAGUGUAGGAAGAAGGAAACUGUCCCACACCUUCUCCCUUUUUCCUCCAGACUCUCACUUUGGAGAUUGAGGUUCAGGCUGACAUCAGAGAGGGAAGAGGCAAGCAAUCAAAUAGAGAAGAACCCAGUUGCCACCCCUUAUCACACCUGACUGGACACCUUCCUUCAGGACAAGAGAGAUAAGGGGGAAGGUGAAAGGUCCAUAGACAAGAAGAAAGACUAAUAGGAAGACCUUAUAUUAAUUAACAUCUGGUGAAGUGGAAAUUAAGUAAAAGUCAUGUUGGAAACAAUUGAUAUUCACCGAGCCCUCCAGGCAGUAGAACGCCUGCAGGCAAAAUUACGAGAACGGGGUGAUUCAGGAAAUGAGGAGAAAUUAAGUUUACUAAAAUCAGUACUGCAGAGUCCUUUAUUCAAUCAGAUCCUAAACCUACAAGCUUCCCUUCCGCAGUCACGAGAUCAGGUAAACCUUGCACCUUCCAUCUCCUCAUCUGGUGAGCACCUACAGCUUUCCCCUCAUGGUAGUGUUGUGGGCGCCUCACUACACAAUGACUCCUACUUGAUGGCUCAAGAGAACAGUAGCCCUUCUAGUGGGCUAGGAAUUGUUCUCCAGUCGAUCACGCCUCAGAUUAAUGGGAAGCCUGCAAGCGAUGAAUUUGAAUUACUGAUCAGAAAUAUGGCACAGGGUCGACCUGUUGAGAUGAUAGAACUUGUAAAAUCUCCAAGUGGUGGUCUUGGUUUUAGCGUAGUUGGCUUGAAGAGUGAAUAUAGAGGUGAACUUGGUAUAUUUGUGCAGGAGAUUCAAGAUGGAAGCGUGGCACAAAGGGAUGGCAGAUUGCAGGAAGCAGAUCAAAUUCUUGCUAUUAAUGGGCAAGCCCUUGAUCAGACCAUAACACAUCAACAGGCUAUCAGCAUCCUACAGAAAGCCAAAGAUAGUGUCCAGCUAGUUGUGGCGAGGGGCUCUUUGCCUCAGCUCAUCAGCCCUGUAAUUUCUCGAUCUCCGUCAGCUGCUAGCACAAUUUCAGCCAAUUCAAAUCCUGUACAUUGGCAGCAUGUGGAGACCAUUGAGUUGGUGAACGAUGGAUCCGGUCUGGGAUUUGGAAUAGUAGGAGGAAAAUCAACUGGAGUGAUAGUUAAAACCAUCCUUCCAGGCGGAGUAGCUGAUCGGCAUGGUAGAUUGUGCAGUGGAGACCAUAUUUUGAAAAUUGGUGAUACAGACUUGACCGGAAUCAGCGGUGAGCAGGUGGCACAAGUCCUGAGGCAGUGUGGAAACCGAGUCAAGUUGGUGAUAGCCAGAGGUCUAAUUGAGGAAGCCACUCCAUCAACAGCAGCUCCUUUGGGUACACCAGUGCAAACGUGUAUGAUGGAGAACAAGAAAUUGGAAGAUACACCAAUUGAAAAUGUUGAAGGUGGGAACACAUUUGAUGUGGAGCUUACAAAAAAUUCUCAAGGGUUAGGAAUAACAAUUGCUGGCUACAUUGGGGAUAAAACAUCAGAACCUUCUGGUAUUUUUGUAAAAAGUAUCACAAAAGACAGUGCAGUUGAGCAUGAUGGUAGAAUCCAUAUUGGAGAUCAAAUUAUUGCUGUGGAUGGAACCAAUCUUCAAGGUUUUACCAACCAGCAAGCAGUGGAGGUUUUGCGACAUACUGGCCAAACGGUCUGUCUUACUUUGGUCCGAAGAGGAGGCCUGAAACAGGAAAACCACACUCAGUCCCAUAAUGACUUCAGUGAUGCUGUUGAAAAGGAUUCAGUUUUCCAAACGAUGGAUAUUGGCACAAAUACAGAAAUCUGCAAAAGGGAGCAGGAUUCUCCAUUAAUGUCAUGCAGCCCCAGUGAGAUUCAUUUUGAAGAAGAUACUAAUAUACAACAAACAGACAUUCAGCUAACAUCCCUAAAAGAAGAAGUAUUGCUGAACAAAUGGCAGAAGAUUUUGGGGAAAAAUUAUGAAGUUGUGGUGGCGGAUGUGAACAAAUUUAGUGAAAGCAGCGGACUGGGGAUUAGCUUAGAAGCUACAGUGGGACAUCAUUUUAUUCGGUCUGUUUUGCCUGAAGGGCCAGUUGGACGUUGUGGCAAAUUGUACAGUGGAGAUGAAUUACUAGAAGUAAAUGGAGAAUCUUUGCUUGGAGAGAAUCACAAGGAUGUUGUCAAUAUUCUAAAAGAGCUUCCGAUCAAUGUAAGAAUGGUCUGUUGUCGUGCAGUUCCACCUGUGAUUGAGACAGCAUUGGAUGAGACCCACAUGAUAGAGCAGUCUCGUAUAGACCUUGGUGGACUCCUUGGUGCUUCAGAGACAGAGGAUGCUAAGCUGGAAAUAGCUGAUCUAAGCCAGAAUACUGAAGAGGCACAAGGAUCUCCCCUGGCAAUGUGGGAGGCAGAAAUACAACAAAUUGAGCUGGAGAAAGGGAGCAGGGGUCUUGGCUUUAGCAUAUUGGAUUAUCAGGACCCAGUGGACCCCGCAAAUACAGUGAUUGUGAUCCGCUCUCUUGUUCCUGGGGGCGUUGCUGAGCAAGAUGGCAGGCUCCUCCCAGGAGACAGGCUUAUGUUUGUCAAUGAGACCAACUUGGAAAAUGGUAGUCUGGAGGAAGCUGUGCAGGCCCUGAAAGGAGCACCUCUGGGAAUGGUGAGAAUAGGAGUCGCCAAACCAUUGCCUCUUUCACCAGAAGAGGGCUAUGUUUCUGCUAAGGAAGAUUCCUUUUUCUACACUGCCCAGUCCUUUGAGGAGGAAGGGCUAGCUGAUUCAGCCCUCUUCCAUGCUGAGCUGGCUCUGGUGGACUCAGGUGAGGCAGAUAUAAUAGAGGACUCUACCAUGGAAUCGGAUUGUUCUCCAGAUAAUGAUGGUACAUUCCAGUCUUCAGCUUUAACACUGCAUAGUGGCAUUUGUGAUGAUGAUCUCAAGCUUGCUCUUUCUCUGCCCUCUUCAACUCCCAAGACUGGUUUCAAAGAUGAUUCCAGUGACCUACUCAGUUACCAGUCAUCAGAUAAAAACUUGUACACAGUGGAUCUAAUUCAAAGAGAGAUGGAGAGUAAACCUGCAGGUGGAUAUAUGAAGCAGAUCACAGAACCUCUUCUUGUGAAUCCAGCAACACAAUCUCAACAAGUUGAACACGAAAGCACAAGCCUUUGGAGAGAAUCUCAGCUACCACCCGAAUUUUCACACUCUACAAAAGAUCAAGUAUUCUUGAUGGGAAAUAAUAGCUUAAUGCCUGCUGGUCUAGAUACAAAUAAAAACAAGUUGGAGAAGACUAUUAUCAUUGCAAAAGGAAAUUCAAGCUUAGGGAUGACAGUAAGUUCUAAUAAAGAUGGCAUGGGAAUGAUAGUUCGCAGCAUUAUCCAUGGUGGUUCCAUAAAUCGUGAUGGACGAAUUGGUAUUGGAGACUGUAUAUUGUCUAUUAAUGAGGAACCUACUGCUAAUUUAACUAGUGCCCAAGCACGGGCCAUGCUAAGGAGGCAUUCUGUCAUUGGACCGGAUAUAAAAUCUUCUCCAACACCUGCUGAUGAUCAGGCCCCCUUUUAUGUCAUUAGCUAUGUGCCAGCAGAGCAAUUAGAAGAGUACCAAGCCAACUUAGGGCAGCAGCCAGAAGGAACAAUGCCAUUAGAUGUUUUCCCUUCACACACUGUGAGAGAAAUUCCAGAACUACCAGAACGCGAAGAAGGAGAAGGAGAAGAAAGUGAGCUUCAGAACACAGGCUACAGUAAUUGGAAUCAACCAAGACGGGUUGAGCUCUGGAGAGAGCCUAGCAAGUCUCUGGGAAUCAGCAUUGUUGGUGGAAGAGGUAUGGGAAGUCGUCUGAACAAUGGUGAAGUUAUGAGAGGAAUCUUCAUCAAACACAUCCUUGAAGACAGUCCUGCUGGCAAAAAUGGAACCUUGAAAACAGGAGAUAGAAUUGUGGAGGUGGAUGGAAUAAAUCUCAGAGAUGCAAGCCAUGAGCAAGCUGUGGAAGCCAUUCGAAGAGCAGGCAACCCGGUAGUCUUCAUGGUACAGAGCAUUAUAAGCAAACCAAGGCCAAUAUCUCUUUAUAGCUCUUUAGCAUCAUCUGCUCCUGGUGGGCAGAAACUUAAUAAUCCAUUUUACCAUCAGUCAUCACAGAACUUCCCUAUGUCUUCUCUGCAGUCCAACCCUUUCACUAAGCCUCCUGCCUUCAGCAGCACUAACCCUUUUGUUGACCCUCUGCAGUUCAACACUAACAAGGUUGGAUUAUGCCCAUGUGUUUGUGGUGGACUUGGUGAAUAUGCAUCCAGUCAGUCAGAUUCAGAGCCAGAAAAAAAAUCAUUCUGUAAUCUGCCUUUGCCACCUCCUUCGGUAUUUCCAGCAAUGAGCGGUGAAGUUGUGCUGCAGUCCUCUAACAAUCAUCUGGAAGAUUUGGAUAAGGAGGAUGAGUUUGGAUACAGCUGGAGGAAAAUCAGUCAUCAGUAUGGCAACCUGUCAGGAGAUCUGCACAUGAUAGAACUGGAGAAAGGGAAGACUGGAUUAGGACUCAGCCUAGCUGGGAACAAAGACAGAUCCAAAAUGAGUGUCUUUGUAGUGGGCAUUGAUCCAAAUGGAGCGGCUGGAAAAGAUGGCAGGCUGCAGAUUGGAGAUGAGUUACUGGAAAUAAAUGGACAAGUUCUGUAUGGAAAAGCACAUCAGAAUGCAUCUUCAAUCAUCAAAUGUGCACCUUCUAAAGUAAAAAUAAUCUUUAUCAGAAACAAAGAUGCUAUCCAUCAGAUGGCUAUUUGUCCUGGUAAAUCAGUGGCAUCGCCAUCUUCAUCUUCUGGAAUGAGUCAGCACGAAGAGGGGGAAGUGAACAUUUCAAGCUCUAAUUUACCAAUAGAUCUGACUUUAUAUAAGAACGUUCAAAAUGUGGAACUACCUAAGGAUCAAGGUGGCAUAGGUAUUGCUAUUGGUGAAGAAGAUACACUUAAUGGUGUAGUUAUUCAGAGCUUAACAGAUCAUGGUGCAGCAGGAAAGGAUGGCCGAAUUAAGGUUGGAGAUCAAAUUCUAGCAGUGGACGAUGAAAUCGUUGUGGGCUAUCCUAUAGAAAAGUUUAUCAGUUUGCUGAAAACAUCAAAGCCUAAUGUGAAACUCACCAUUAGUUCAGUUGAACCCGAAGGCCUGGCAGUUCCUCAGCCACCGUUGUCAACUUACAGCACCACGCUGAGUGAGGGAACCAAUAUCCAACCAUUACCAAUUGUUCCAUCAUCUGAGUCACCAGAACCAGAGUUAAUUAAAGAUGCAAGCAGGUCUUCAACUCCAGCCAUGUUAGCUUCUGACCCAGCCACUUGUCCAAUUAUCCCAGGUUAUGAAACAACAAUCAGUAUUUCCAAGGGACGUACUGGUCUUGGAUUAAGCAUUGUGGGAGGAGCUGACACAUUACUGGGAGCCAUUAUUAUCCAUGAAGUAUAUGAAGAAGGAGCAGCAUCCAAAGAUGGAAGGCUCUGGGCUGGUGAUCAAAUCUUAGAGGUGAAUGGUAUUGACCUAAGGAAUGCAACACAUGAUGAAGCUAUAAAUGUUCUCAGACAGACACCACAGAAAGUCCGCCUCACUGUUUACAGGGAUGAAGCCCAAUAUAAAGAAGAAGACAUGUAUGAUGUACUGAGUAUCGAAUUACAAAAGAAACCAGGCAAAGGACUUGGAUUAAGUAUUGUUGGGAAAAGAAAUGACACUGGGGUGUUUGUGUCGGAUAUUGUCAAAGGAGGUCUAGCAGAUCUGGAUGGACGGUUAAUGCAAGGAGACCAGAUAUUAAUGGUGAAUGAUGAAGACGUUCGAAACGCUAACCAGGAGACAGUGGCAGCCUUAUUAAAGUGCUCAUUAGGUGUUGUUAAACUAGAAGUUGGAAGAAUAAAGACGAGUUCAUUCCAUUCAGAGAGGAGACUGUCUCAGAGUAGCCAGAAACCAUGUCCUGGAUCCAAACGGGUCAGUGAAGGAAGCGGCAGCUUGACAUCAUUCAGCUUCCCAGCUGGUGGAUCCAACCCGCCUGAAAGUUACGAAAGCACUCUGAAGAAGAACUGUUUGGCAUCUGAAAUACAAGGAUUGAGAACAGUUGAAAUAAAAAAGGGCCCUUCAGAUUCUUUGGGAGUCAGUAUUGCUGGAGGAGUGGGAAGCCCUCUUGGUGAUGUUCCCAUUUUUAUAGCCAUGAUGCAUCCAAAUGGAGUGGCAGCACAAACCCAGAAAUUGAGGGUUGGAGACAGGAUUGUGAGCAUUUGUGGAACAUCCACUGAAGGCAUGACUCAUUCCCAGGCCGUCAGUUUGUUAAAGAAUGCUUUGGGCACCAUUGAGUUACAGGUUGUAGCUGGUGGAGAUGUCAGUGUCAUAACUAGCCAACAGCAGGAUCCACCAAUAUCUAGUCUAACAUUUUCAGGUCUAACUUCAAGCAGCAUCUUUCAGGAUGAUUUGGGGCCGCCCCAGUACAAAACCAUCACUCUGGAUCGAGGGCCGGAUGGCUUGGGCUUUAGCAUUGUAGGUGGAUACGGAAGUCCUCACGGAGAUUUGCCCAUUUAUGUUAAGACAGUAUUUGGAAAAGGGGCAGCAGCAGAAGACGGGCGCCUUAAAAGAGGGGAUCAGAUCCUUGCAGUCAAUGGGCAGAGCUUGGAAGGAGUCACCCACGAAGAAGCUGUCGCUCUUCUAAAAAGAACAAAAGGAACUGUGACUUUGACUGUUCUCUCUUAAGUCCUGUCCCCAAAGAUGAGAUGGGAGUUUAUUUGUUUGCUGCCAGGCUGUUUUUAAUCAAGAGUGAAAAAUAACGAAUGGUCUUAUUUUGAUCCAUGUGUAGACAUAUUGUUGGAUUCCAGAGACUGGCUUCUGUAGGAUUUGAAAGAGGCAGUAAUAAAAUCAGAAUAGGAAAAAGUGGAAUGGAAAGGGGAAAAUGUAUGGUGUGGUAACCUGGAAGGGCACGUUGUGUGAUUGUUGAGUAAUUUAUAAGGCGGAAUUCUGGAACUUCUGGAAGACACAAAACAUUGGCUAUUGGUUAGCCAGGGUUAACUUAAAACUCUCAAACAUAUAUAUUCAUUUGAUUAAAUGUUAUUAAUAUCUCUGUGCCCAACAUGAGAUCUGAGACAAACUGUUUUCUGGAAUAAUAGUGCUUAAGAAAAACACUUUUAAAAGAAAAAGAAAGUAAAAGGUUUCCCGAUCUUUCAUAGAAUGAUUAAACUGAAUUGAUCUUCAUGUUCUUUUUUCAGGAGAGAGAACAUCUAUGGUAGUAGUACCUAACUGUUGCAGAGUCCCCCAGAAUUCAAUAUAUUUUCUCUUCUUUCUUUGUGGGGUCAUCAGCAUUGAUAAACAAACUUUUCACAAGUCGAGACGAAAUAGCUUUUUGUCACUGCAAUAUAUCUCAAUUUCACAAAUGACCCAAGAAUUAUUAAUGAAAAAAUCGAUCCCAAAUUCUGGCUUCUAAAAAUACAUUUAAUAUUUCCAAUGCUUUGUUGUUUGGUGGCAGCAAAAAGAAAGUGAAAGCUUGACCUACUGAUUUUAAAUCACCUAAUUAAAACAUUAUAAUAUUUAACUUAGAAUAUUUGUUAGCUUUUCAUACGGCUGCUUGCAUAACAGGUUAGUAAAAAAAGUGGCCUCAAGCAGUUCUAAUACACCAAAAAAGACAUAGAUCCGGCAUCCUUCUUCCCAGACUUUGAAGGUUGUGUUACUGUAGAAGACAAAAACUGCCUUUAAUAUUUUCCUGCAGUUAAGAUCUCUAGAGUUGGGUAAUGCUUUGAGCUGACUUAUGAGGAGCUAUGUUUUCUGUUUUAUCCAAAAGUCUGUGAGUUUUACUCGACAAAUAUAAGCCAGGUUUCUUUGGGCUGCAGACCAUCCAGUGAAUUUCUUGUGAUUGACUGGAGCCCAUAAGAUCACAAUGCUAAGUUUCAAUAGUGAAUUACAAUAAAAAGGAUUUUUGUGUUUUCUUUAAAGCACAUAAGCCAGGCAUGUCAAACUGCUGGCCUGUGGGCCGGAUGCGUCAUGCCAAAACCACGCCCACCCCAUUGCCAGCAAUGGGAAAAAAGUUGCAAUAUGUUGUGACAUGUCACAUAACAUUGUGAGUUUGACACCCCUGACAUAAGCAAUAAAAGAGGUAUUAAUGCCCUCUGAUUGGUUUAACCUUCAUUUAACAUACACACACACACACAAACACAACACACAUCACACAUACAGAUACAUACAGUCUUAAGAUGCAAAGACAUACCCAGCCUUCUAUUAUUUUCAGCGAUAACAUUGCUCAAUGUUUGCAAGCCUAGGAAACUAUCACAGACACAUGCAGGUGCAAUCUCUCUCUCUCUCUCUCUCUCUCUCUCUCUCUCUCUCUCUCUCUCUCACACACACACACACACACACACACACACACACACACACACACACACACACAGAGCAUUCACCUUGUUAACUUCUUUUUGUUCCUAAUAACAACCACUGAUUCCAUAUUAACAGUAUUUGGUUAAGUUAGGGCCAUUAGAGAAAUGUACUCUGGUCUAUCCUUGCCUUAUAAUCUUACAGGUACUCCUCAUUUAGCGACUGCCUUGAUCAUUUACAGUUAUAACAAUGAUGAAAAAGUAACCUUUCGACCAAUCCUUUCAUUUACAACCUUUGCAGGUCUGUAGAGCAAAGGAAAGACAAAAUAACAUCGUAAGCACAAUUUCUGUUUCGCUUGGCGACCACUUCAUUUAAUGACCAAGUUUCAGAUCUCUGUUGUGGUCACAAAAUAGGGCGGCCUAUAUUCUUGUAUUAUGAUAGUUUGUAAAUUCUGCAAUAGUUCAGCAGGAUUUUUAAAAUGCAACUCAAAAUGCCACUAGUUAGGAAUAGAGAAACCUAGAAAGCCCUCCAGGGGAAUUUGUUUUUAGUUUAGUUUAGAGCACGGGGGUCAAACUCGAUUUAGUCAAGUGACGUAUCGUGACUUUGCAGAGCUGGGGUGGGCGUGGCCUGCGCGUGAUGCAUCCGGACCGCAGGCCGCCAGUUUAACAGCCCUGGUUAGAGGGUGGGAUUUUGUUUUCUUUUUGGAGAAUUUGAUUGGCUACAUUCUGUCUGUGCCUGCUGCUUUUAUGUGCUACUUACUGAAAUUCUGGAAAAUAUUGUUCCUCAUAACUACUCUAUUUUUCUUUAUUUAUAUGAGAAUGAAUACCUCGUUAAAAGGCCUACUAAUAUUAAUUGGGACAAUGUAUCAGAAUGUCCCUUUUUCCAGUUAUUAUCCCAAGUUAGCAUGUUGGGGUAUUUAUAUUUAGCUUUUUUUUUAAUUUUUGUUUUGUUCAUUUUAAGUCUAUGUCUCUGGGAUCUGCAUAUUAGAAAUACCCAAAGACUGCCCCUGGGAUGUUAAAGGAAAAUGAAGAAAAAACCCAAUUUACAAGAGGAUGGUAGAAUUAUAGAAUGUAAGGUCUGGAUAGGCCUUCAAGGUCGUCUAGUCCAAACUACCUGUUAAGUACAGGAUCUCCUAUUACUAAGUAUGA